AUGACAACAUGCAAAAAAGCAGAUGGUAAAGAGAAUAUUGAACAAAAAGAAUGUGAAGAUUUUGAAACUGAAAAGCAAGAUGUUCUUCAUGAAGUGUUUGAUAAAAUUGAUUAUAUUACUGCUGAAAUUCAUAAGCAGCUUAGUGUCAUGUCAGACAAGAUAUUGAUAGCUAAAAAUUCCAAUGAGAACCUUUCUGUAAACAAAGAGAUUACGAAGAAAGCAUGCAGCUCAAAUAAAGAACACAAUUUGUUAAAAGAAAGUCAUGAUAGUUUACACGAAAGUCCCAAAAAACUAGAAAACUAUGGCAACAUGCAAAGAACAGAAGAUGGUAAAGAGAAUGUUGAACAAAAAGAAUAUGAAGAUUUUGAAACUGAAAAGACGAUAUGUGUUAAGAACAUUUUUGAAGAAACAAUGUUAUCAUCUGAUGCUGAAAAGGCCCUUACAGAAUUUUUUUUCAACCAUUUUCCUGGAACAAAGAUCAUGAACUUACGUCCAAAAUCCAACUUUUCACUUCUUCUUGAUUUAUCUUUGCAGCAAGAUGUUCUUCAUGAAGUGUUUGAUAAAAUUGAUUAUAUUACUGCUGAAAUUCAUAGUUUACAUUGUCGAACUCUUCAACAAUGA